GACUGAGGGGGGGCGCGGCCUCCGGUGCAGAACAUCUGUGUGGGGCGCUGGUCCUGUCUGGACUUCCACCGUCUCUGAAGAGCCAAGGCGCAGUUCUUUCAUUCAGGCGGACCCGCAGUUGCCGGCUGCCAUGGUGCAACUUUACACCUUGCCUGUUCUGGAUGCUCCUCAUCUACCUGAGCAUUCAGUGGAGGAGGAUGAGGAGGAUGAGGGCCAGCAGAUGAAGGAUGAGGUGCCGGGGAUGCAGCAGGUCAGCCUGGAGGUGUCCACUGCAUACCACGGCUAUGAAACCUAUAUUGAAGAUGGCCUCAUCUGUCUGAAACACAAGAUCAGGAACCUGGAGAAGAAGAAGCUGAAGCUGAAGGAGUACAAGAAGAGGCUUAUCCAGGGCGAGGAGCUGAACAAAGAUCAGAAGGCAGCUGUGGAGAAGUUCGAGGAGGUGCUUCAUAACCUGGAUUUUGCCCGGGAGCUGCACAAAACUUUGGAUGGCCUGACUCAGAAUCUGCUGAAAGCCCAGAAGAAGGUUGUUAAAAAAGAUCAGGUAGAGAGAGUGGAGGCCGAGAGGAGGCGCCUGGCUAUGGUCCUGAAAAUCCACUACCUCCUGGGUAAUAUGCAGCAGGAGCACAUCCAGAAGGACUUGAUGACUGGAAACAACCAGGCACCACACAUCCCCAGCCAGAAGCUGCACAGCCUGAACCAGCUUGCCGCCAUGCUGGGAGUCCAAAGAGACAACGGACUGAGCCUAGAUGAGCAGAUGCAGAAGGCUGCACUGGUCUACAUGGACCUUCUGGAGGGAAAGGACCAACCAGUGGCUGGAUCCACUUAUAAGCUGUUGAAAGAGGAGAUUACCAGACUGAUGGAUUGCAAGUAUUUGAGCCGAUUUCUGCCUCAACCCAACAAGUCUGCAGAGUUGUUUCUGGGCUUAGGAAGCCACAGCACAAGUGGAACUUCCAAAGAGCUUUUUCCCAGACUACCCCUGCAGGAUGUGAAGGGGCCUAACAAUCCAAACUGGAAGGAUGAUUUCCAGUCCAUGAAGGAGCAGGAGCCUCCUGACAGCUGGGAUGCUGAAACCUCUGAUGGACCCUCAUCUCCACUAACCGGUGUCCCAAAACCUUGGAGAGGAGCUGCUGUGCUCAUCCCGAAGGCUGUCCGAGCUGCAUCAAAGCAGCGCACUGUUUCCAAACCGAGAAAAGAGAAGACCAAAAAGGAACAAAGCACAAAGACUAUACUUCAAAUGGAAAUACCUGUGGAAAUUUUUCAAUCCCCACCUACUUUGCCCAAAGAUCCCAUACUAAGGAAACGGCACCUUGAGGAGCUCAUGAUGAAGAUCCAUGGCUCUUUCAGCUUUAUGCAGGACUCUUUAUUAGAUGGAGAGAAUUCUACCAGCAGUAUACCCAGACCGAAGAGACUUCCAUCUGGGGCUUCUUCUCCUUUGGCUUAUGGUGGUCUAAGAAGUCCUGUUGAUAUUCUACCCAAAGUGAUGAGUUCCACCCCACUGCCUACUAGACUGAAAGAACGCAAGGCCAGUGUGUCAAGUGAGGAACAAUGUCUUGAACGUGCUGACUUGCAGCUUUCCUCAAAGGACCUACCUCAUUCUCUGCAGGCGUCUCUUCAAUUGGACGGCAGAAAACAAUUUUCCUCCCCACCUCUUUACAGCCGAGAACUACCGGAUGCUUCUGCAGACGAGAGUAACUCUUCUGGUAUGUCAGUUAAUGGCCCAUGUAAACACUCCCCCACUAAUGGAGUAACAUCGUCCAAUUCUACACCCCCUAAGAGAGAGACUUUUUCCACACCUCCCACUAGACGACCUCUGACCUCUGCACAGUUCGGAAACAUUCAGGCGGUCUUUAAGGUGGGACCAGGACUACCUCAGGUUGGGGAGCUGGACUACAAGUCGAAGGUUGAUUUCUCUGAGCCACAGUACAGCAUUGCUAGCACCCAAACACCGUCUGAGUUUGCUCCCACAGACGACGAGCCUCAGCUGGUGUACCAGCCAGAGUACAUGCUGGAUAAUGGAGAUGACUUCCUGUCCUCUGGCCUCCCAAGUGGGGCUUUGGGUCGAACCAACCACUCUUACUACAGGGGACCUGUAAGAGGAGGAGCCUAUAUCCCCCAGCCAUAUAUCAGAGACUCUGGUUCUCUCCUCUAUGCGCCAAGAGAUUCAACACACCACCAUGUGUACAGACAAGGAGGGAGACACGGGUCGAUUGCAGCUUGGAGUGAUUCUUCUCAGGUCAGCAGUCCAGAACGGGAUGGGACCUUUACCAUGGUGGAUUCUGGUCAUGGAGACUCAAUGUCUGUGUCAACCGUGGAGGUCCCAAUGACUCCCCACAGCCACCAAGCCCCCUUACUUCCUAUGCACCUGUACCCACUCUCCCAGCCGAUGAGAGUGGCGUUCACCACCUCUCGUACUGCUAACUUUGCUCCGGGCAACCUUGACCAGCCCAUCGUGUUUGACCAGCUGCACAGCAACCUGGGGGAGGCGUAUGACACCCACAUUGGAAGGUUCACCUGUCCAGUGAAUGGAACAUAUGUGUUCAUCUUCCACAUCCUGAAGCUGGCGAUCAACGUUCCCCUCUAUGUUAACCUCAUGCGCAAUGAAGAAGUGAUGGUGUCUGCCUACGCCAACGAUGGCGCCCCGGAUCACGAGACUGCCAGUAACCAUGCAAUUCUGCCACUUUUCCAAGGGGACCAGGUGUGGCUGCGGUUGCACCGUGGAGCCAUCUAUGGCAGCACGUGGAAGUACAGCACCUUCUCCGGCUUUCUGCUCUACCAGGACUAAACCAGGUUGGGGUUUCCUUGACUUCCAAUGUUCUGCUUGAGCUUUUGGAUGUAUCGUCAAAGAGCCUCAGGGGAACUGUAACAGACUGUACUGCCAUUGCUAGUGGCUGGUCUGCAGUGUUGAUUUCCAGGCGUAGAAACGGAAACUUCUUGGUGGUGGGUUUGGUGAAUUGCACUCGAGACCAAACUGUAGCACUGAUGGAUUACUUUGAGAACUGGGAAGAGAUCUGAUGUGCCAGAAUAAAGGUUAAGCAGUCAAUUGAG